UCACCAUCAUCUGAAGUCACUUUCCAAAAAGGACCAUAUCAUCAUCUAUUCCAGGAUUGAAGAGGGAAUGGCUAUGGCCACAGCUCCAAAGCGAGCCUGGCCCCCAUGGCCCCCUCUCCUGUUCCUGCUCCUCCUGCCCGGAGGGAGCUGUGGCGGGUGCCCUGCUGUCUGUGACUGCACCUCCCAGCCACGGGCAGUGCUCUGUGCCCAUCGGCGACUGGAGGCUGUGCCUGGGGGACUCCCACUGGACACUGAGCUCCUGGACCUGAGUGGGAAUCGCCUGUGGGGGCUUCAGCAGGGCAUGCUCUCCCGCCUGGGCCUGCUCCGGGAGCUGGACCUCAGCUACAACCAGCUGUCCACCCUGGAGCCUGGAGCCUUCCACGGCCUCCAAAGCCUACUCACCCUGAGGCUGCAGGGCAAUCGGCUGCGGAUCAUGGGGCCUGGGGUCUUCUCGGGCCUAUCUGCCCUCAGGCUGCUGGACCUCCGCCUCAACCAGAUUGUCCUGUUCCUUGACGGAGCAUUUGGGGAGCUGGGCAGCGUCCAGCAGCUGGAGGUGGGGGACAACCACCUGGUGUUUGUGGCUCCAGGGGCCUUUGCAGGGCUGGCCAAGCUGAGCACCUUCACGCUGGAACGCUGCAACCUCAGCACAGUGCCUGGCCUGGCCCUGGCCCGCCUCCCGGCACUGGUGGCCCUAAGGCUUCGAGAACUGGAUAUCGGGAGGCUGCCAGCCGGGGCACUCCGGGGGCUGGGGCAGCUAAAGGAGCUGGAGAUCCACCACUGGCCAUCACUGGAGGCUCUGGAGCCUGGGAGCCUGGUUGGGCUCAAUCUCAGCAGCCUGGCCAUCACCCGCUGCAAUCUGAGCUCAGUGCCCUUCCAGGCGCUCCACCACCUGAGCUUCCUCAGGGUCCUGGAUCUGUCUCAGAACCCCAUCUCGGCCAUCCCAGCCCGGAGGCUCAGUCCUCUGGUGCGGCUCCAGGAGCUGCGACUGUCGGGCGCGGGCCUCACCUCCAUUGCCGCCCACGCCUUCCACGGCCUGACUGCUUUCCACCUCCUAGACGUGGCGGACAAUGCCCUUCAGACUCUAGAGGAAACGGCCUUCCCUUCUCCGGACAAACUCGUCACCCUGAGGCUGUCUGGCAACCCCCUGACCUGUGACUGCCGCCUCCUCUGGCUGUUACGGCGCCGCGGCCGCCUGGACUUCGGCUCCUCGCCCCCGGCCUGUGCCAGCCCACGGCCCGUGCAGGGCAAGAGCCUGAGGGAGUUUUCAGACAUCCUACCUCCCGGGCACUUCACUUGCCAGCCAGCCCUGAUCCGGAAGUCCGGGCCGCGGUGGGUCAUUGCAGAGCAGGGGGGGCAUGCUGUUUUCUCCUGCUCUGGAGACGGGGACCCAGCCCCGACUGUCUCCUGGAUGAGACCUCAGGGGGCUUGGCUGGGAAGGGCUGGGCGAGUGAGGGUCCUAGAGGAUGGGACGCUGGAGAUCCGCUCAGUGCAGCUACAGGACAGAGGGGCCUAUGUCUGCGUGGUCAGCAAUGUUGCUGGGAAUGACUCCCUGAGGACCUGGCUAGAAGUAAUCCAAGUUGAACCACCAAAUGGCACUCUCUCUGACCCCAAUAUCACCAUGCCAGGGAUCCCAGGGCCCUUCAUCCUGGACAGCAGAGGUGUUGCUAUGGUGCUGGCAGUUGGCUUCCUCCCCUUCCUCACCUCAGUGACCCUCUGCUUUGGCCUCAUUGCCCUCUGGAGCAAGGGCAAAGGCCAGGUCAAACAUCACAUGACCUUUGACUUUGUGGCACCUCGGCCCUCUGGGGAUAAGAACUCUGGGGGUAACCGGGUCACUGCCAAGCUCUUCUGACCUUUCCUUCCACAUUGGAAUUCCAGCCAAGCCAGCUUCAGAUACCAAAAGAGAAAAAAGAAAACCAAGGCUGCUUGCACCAGAACCUAGUCCCACACCUGCCCGCAUCGUGCCAGCAGCUAAUGACACCUCCCGAUGGUCUGCCUCCCCCUGCUUUUGCAGUUUGAGGGUCCCAGGGGGCAGGAGAUGUAAAUCCAUAGUCAGCCCAGCCCUACCCACCCAUCCCCCUGAUACAAAGCAGGAAACAGCCCCAAGGCUCCAGUCUGUUUGUUCGCACACACUUACACCCUUUAACAAUCACUACUGACUGCCAACCACAGUUAUAAGAUUAUUGCAGAGGUGGGGCGCCUGGGUGGCUCAGUCAUUAAGCGUCUGCCUUCG